AAAUAAUUGGUAUAGGCUCAAAGAAGCCUAGCCCAGAGCCGUAAAAGUUAAAAAAAUUGAAUUGGUUAUGCUUCUCUAUCAGAAAAUUUCAAUUGUCAAUAAUUAAAAAAUGGCGGCGAAAACAAGUUCUCAAUCCCGAGAAGGACAAACAACAUCGGACGAUAUUCCAUUGAUAUCUCUCGAAGAAAGUCUUCUUAGCUUGGAAAAGCUGGAUAGGGCUUCGCCAGAACUAUGGCCUGAACAAAUUCCUGGUGUGUCUGAGUUUGCGCCGUUGCAUAAUCCUGAUCAGUCUCCGCCUAUGUGGAACAAGAGCAUGACGGCAGACGAUUUGAACCAUAUAAGAAAACUGAAAUGUCUUACAACUAUUGGAAUAAUUAUGGAAGUAAAGAAACUGCAUGACCUUGCCUACCGGUUAGGAUUAGAAGAGGCAAAGGAAAUGACCAGAGGGAAGUAUCUAAAUAUAUUCUCAUCUCGAAGAAAUAGAUGAUAGAAGAUAAAUAAAAAGUACAAUGUAAUGUUUUUGUACCUUAGCCUAUAUAAUAUGUAAUUGUUAAAAAUUUAAGUAGUUUAAGUACAGUUUUCGAUUAUAGGUCAUAGGUAUUUUUCUUCUUCUGCUGUAUCAAUUUAUAUCACUUCUUUCCCCAUAAUGUAGGUUGUAUAAUAAAGUUGUGAGUGUUAUGCUUAACAUGCUAAUGGACUACUGUUUUUCGGUUAGCCCAGCUAUGACAAUUUAUUGGUGUUUGUUGAAGGCUCAGAUCCUUAUUGGAUUUAUUUGAUUUGCCUAUCCAUUUUAUACCAUUAUACUCCAGACUAUGCAUGUUACUUACACACAUUCUUCUCAAGUCUGUACCUUAUAUUUUUUAAUAUUUGAUUGGGACAUUCAAUUGUGAUUUGAUUUCUAUUUAGAAUAAAUAUGAAUUUAAAUUAUGAAGCUAUAUAUAUAUGGAGUGCAUCUCCAACCUGCUUGCUUUUAGUUUAAGAGCUCACUCCAUUUGCUUAUGAUGUGACAAGGUGCAAUAGUUUCCGACAGACAUCUGGUGGGACUCAUUGAGCCCUAUGAUAAGCUAUGACACUACUAAUGUAGGGUUGCAGAUUGAAACUACCUGCUGUCAUCAAAGAACAGUACCACAACCUGCUGGUUGGUACAAAACAAUGGUCUUUCUAUAAAAUGAACUGUGUGCUGUCUUAUCAUGUAAGAGAUUACAAUUAGUCUAUCAAUUAGUGUACUUUAUUUUCUGUAUUCUAAUAAUUACCUUCAUAGAAAUCAAGCCUUGUCAAAUUGAUUUGCCAUUAUCUUAAUUGUUCCUUUAUAUCCUGUCAGACAUCAUGUUAAAAUUAUUUAAAAAAAAUUAACAAUGUUUAAAGGUUAAUUAAGAAUUUUGGUUGGCGCAAUUUAUAAUUAUUGUAAUUUUUUUUAAUAAGUCAGAGGGUUUAUUUUGCAAUAUGUUCAGAAUUAUCUAUUGUCUAAUAAAUUAUUUUUAAAACUUUA